CUCUUUAUUGUUUGCCAUUCAGAAAAGCUAGUAGUGUGGAUCUAUGCUAUAAUCAUAACCAUAAAAUCUUAUCUAUAAAAUAAUUCUCAAAAACCACACCCAAACUAUCACGAGUACAAAGGUUGUUGUCGUGAAAUAUAAAAGUAUAUGUAUAAAAGAUUUCCUUAACAUGGGUGAGACUGAGAUCCCUAGGCAUGAAAAUUCUGAAAAUUCAUAGUCUGCAGAUUUUAAUUGUACCUCUGGACUGGAAUUAUCUUUUGUUUCAUCAAUGAUUAGGAUCAUUCCUAAUCCUGUCCCAGAAGUGUUUUCUCUGAGGAGCAGGCUGGAGAGUCUGUGACCUCUGUGAAGUCGACAUAAUCACCAUGAAUUCCAGACAGCCGAUUCAUCUACCACGCAGACUAACUUUUAUUCAUGAAGGUCCUCCUAAACGAUACCGUCUACAUACAGAGAGAAACACGCUUGAUGAAUAUGGAAAAGUCAGAAAAUGGACAUAUGGGAUAAAACAGCCCAGUAAAACAAACAAAAUCAUUCUGCUGGUGGGAGAGACUGGUGUUGGAAAGACGACUCUCAUCAACACCAUGGUCAACUACUUAAUGGGAGUGAAGUUUAAAGAUGAAAUAUGGUACGAAAUCACAGAAGAGCAAAGCAGAGAUCAGUCAGAAUCACAAACCUCUGAAAUCACCAUGUAUGAGGUUUGUCCUUCGAAGAGUCCCAUGUCUCUCAGUAUCAUUGAUACUCCAGGCUACGGAGACACUAGAGGACUGGACAAAGAUCUGGAAGUCGCUGAGAACUUAGCCACUCUGUUUCAGAGCAAUGAUGGAGUUCGUGAAGUCGACGCUGUCUGCUUCGUGACUCAAGCGUCUAAGAAUCGUCUCUCAGANCGACAGCAUUAUAUUAUCAGUUCAAUUCUGUCUUUGUUUGGGAAAGACAUUGUUGAAAACAUUGUGUUUUUAAUCACACACUCUGAUGGUAUGGCUCCCAUAAACGUCAUCGGAGCCAUUAAUAAAGCUAAAAUCCCCUGCAGACGAGAUGAAAGUGGCCAACCUGUUUAUUUUGUAUUCAACAAUCGACAGGCUGAUGAA